GAGAUUGUAACACUGCCUUGUAACAGUCGAUAGGAUCCGGAUUUCUGAUUGCGCUGUCGUUUCGAUGUUGCGUUUGGCUGGCAACGACAAGGAUUUCUUUCCGCCCUCGGGAUCCGAUAUGGCGGCAACCUGCGGGACGCAGUUUUUGAACAAUUACUACGUCGACGAUGAUGAUGAGGAGGAGGAGUCGUCGACCGACGCACUGAUCGUGCUCUUGACUCAUCUUGAGCGAGUAAGGAUUUAAUGGGAGCCUGCAUCGCAUCCCAAAGGGUAGGUGCGCGAAAGAGCAUGAUCGUGAUCAUGAGAGAGCCCUAGUCGGGCUUUUCGUAGAACUGCUCUGAGACAUGGCUGUACUUUUGCUGUAUACGUGCCUUUUGGAACUCGACCAUCACACGGCUUUGCACAGAGGUUGGGUGGUUGCGACAGAGGUACAGUGGAGGAUUGCACUCUAUUCAGAUUGAGGUUUCCGCUACUGUGCAGGGAGGGUGUAUGUACCACCAAUCUCUGUGGGUGCUUAAGCAAGUCACGAGGUUUUGAAUUCCAUUUGCGCGCCCUUUAGCUACAACCCUUGGUCGAGAAUGACUUAUUUACACGACGAGUUUGGGCGUUCAGCUUUAACUUCACAAUACAAUCUAUACCAUCUUCAGAA